GGAUCUUCUUCUUUUCACGGUUCUGGUUCACUGUACCGCAUUUGCUCGCACACCCAGCAAAUCCUUAUAAUCAUUCACAAUGGAUAACUACAACAGCUACGGCGGCUCGCAAUACGGCUCCGGCGGAGGCGGCGGCGGCUUCAUGCCUGGCGAAAUGAACAGCCCAGCUGGUGGAAAGGGCGACUUCAACAACACCACCCUACGCCCCGUAACCGUCAAACAAGCGCUCGACGCCUCGCAACCAUACCCCGAAGCGAACUACCAGAUCGACGGCGCCGACGUCUCCAGCCUGUGCUUCAUCGGGCAGGUCCGCAACAUCAGCUCGCAGAGCACCAACGUCACGUACAAGAUCGACGACGGCACCGGCGAGAUCGAAGCGAAGCAGUGGAUCGACUCCACGACAGCCGACAGCAUGGACACCGACGACGGCGCCAAGGGCCCCGGCAAGCCCGGCAAGGACCAGGUCGAGCUGAACGGCUACGCCAAGAUCUUCGGCAAGCUCAAGGCCUUCGGGAAUAAGCGGUUCGUCGGCGCCCAUUCCGUCCGCCCCGUUACGGAUAUCAACGAGUUGCAUCUCCAUCUCCUUGAGGCGGCCGCUGUGCAUCUGUUCUUCACGAGAGGACCCCCCGGUGGUGCUGCUGGUGGUGCGGGUGCGGGUGCGGGUGCUGGCGCGGGCGCUGGUGCCGGAGAUGCCUCGAUGGGUGGAAUGGAUGAUGGUCGGGCUUUGCCGGCGAUGACCCCUGCGGCGCGCAGGGUGUACAACCUGUUGAAGACGGAGCCGCAGAAUAACGAGGGUUUGCAUGUCCAGAUGAUCGCGGCCAAGUUGGGACUUCCCAUGCCGGAUGUGGCGCGCGCCGGGGAUGAGCUGUUGACGGCGGGAUUGAUCUUUCCGACGGUGGAUGAGCAGACUUGGGCGCUCUUGGAGUUCUAGGUUGGCUCUUUUUCUAUCUCGGUGUGACUUUGGUUGAUUGCACUCUUUCAUUUGGUUGCGAGUGUUUUUAAUCUGCAUGUGGUUGGGGACAAAAGAUAUCACGGUUGCUUUUAUGUAUUUGUUAGCACUUUUUACGUCUAUGAUAUGGGACUUGUAAAG